AUGGGAGAAUACAGUCCUCUUCCCAAUUCCGAGGCCCCACCUCCGGAGGGUAACGGAUCCUAUCCGCCGUUUGAGAAUGAACUAGACGAAUCUCGGCCAAACGCGAAGGAAGAGGAGUUGCGAAGACUGGACGAUGAUCGUGAUGGUGGAAGACAUUACGAUGAGAACGAAGAGGAGCGUUACGAGCGCGACCGAAGACGGGACAGACGUCGGUCUCGGAGCAGUAGCCGCGGGCGCCGCCGUCGAUCUCGUAGUCGUUCGCGUGACCGUCAUCGACGCCGCCAUCGCUCCCGGGAUCGUUCAGGCUCUUCGAGUCGCCGCAUCGUGUACAAGUAUUGGGAUGUUCCUCCUCCUGGCUUUGAGCACAUGACACCUCAACAAUAUAAAGCGCUUCAAGCGUCAGGGCAAAUUCCCGUCAACGUGUAUGCCGCCGGCCAAGUGCCAAUGCCUGCGUCAACGCCAAAUGCGCCUCUCACUCUCAACACCAAUAUACCAUUUGCUGGAAGCGCUGUAUGUCGUCAGGCCCGUCGGUUGUAUGUGGGUAACAUUCCUUUCACAGCAACGGAGGAGAAUAUGAUGGAUUUCUUUAAUAAGCAAAUGAAAGCCCAAAAUCUUGUUCAAGCGGAGGGUAAUCCAAUCAUCGCUGUUCAGAUUAAUAUGGAGAAAAACUUCGCAUUUUUGGAAUUUAGAUCUGUGGAUGAAACUACCCAGGGUCUUGCUUUGGACGGCAUUCUCUUCCAUAAUCAGGCCUUGAAGCUGCGAAGACCUCGCGACUAUGCUCCACUGCCUGGUGUCAGCGAAACUCCCUCCAUAAUAGUUCCUGGAGUAGUAAGUACGGUUGUGCAAGAUUCUCCACACAAGAUAUUCGUUGGAGGUUUGCCGAACUACUUGAAUGAAGAUCAAGUGAAAGAGUUGCUGUUAAGUUUUGGUCCGUUGAAGGGCUUCAACUUAGUUAAGGAUGGCUCUACUGGUCUUUCCAAGGGCUACGCCUUCUGCGAGUAUGUCGACCCAAAUGUAACUGAUCACGCAUGCGCCGGUUUAAAUGGAAUGCAACUUGGUGACAAGAAGCUUAUUGUUCAGCGUGCCAGCGUGGGAGCAAAGAACGCCGGCGGUGCCAUGCCCCCACCACUCAUUCAGGUGCCUGGCCUUAACGAUGCUCUUGUACAGAAUACAACCGGCUCUGGUAACAUAAUUUUCCGUUCCGGUGGCCCUCCGACGGAGGUCUUGUGUCUUCUUAAUAUGGUUGACCCGGAGGACUUGACUAAUGACGAAGAAUAUGAAGACAUCGUUGAAGAUGUAAGAGCCGAGUGUAGCAAGUACGGCAUUGUUAGUAGCGUGGAAAUACCUCGACCCAUUCCUGGAGUGGAAGUCCCCGGAGUUGGCAAGAUCUUUGUUCAAUUCGCCAGUUUAGUUGACUGUCAAAAGGCGGCCACCGCUCUAACGGGUAGGAAGUUUGACAACCGUCUCGUGGUCACAUCUUUCUAUGAUCCGAACAAGUACCACAGGCGCGAGUUCUAG